AUGAAGUGGACAAUCGGUAUUUUUGCACUGGCAGUCUUCUUCGUCGCCGAAGCAAAGCAGAUGUCCAGGUGUGAACUGGUGCGAGAACUAAGAAGGCAUGGCUUCCCGGAGAAUAAAAUGCGAGAUUGGGUCUGCCUGGUGGAACACGAGAGCGGGCGUCGGACCGACAUCGUGAGUAAGCAGAACAGCAACGGCUCCCGGGACUACGGGCUGUUCCAGAUCAACGACAAGUACUGGUGCAGCAACAGCGGCACCCCCGGCAAGGACUGUAACGUCACGUGCAAACAGCUCCUGAGUAAUGACAUUUCGAAGGCGUCAACUUGCGCCAAGAAGAUCUUUCAGAGGCACGGCUUCGACGCUUGGUACGGCUGGAAGAACCACUGUCGGGGAAAAUCCCUGCCCGAUAUCCGCUCUUGCAAAAAG